UUAGCCAGUUAGCUUAUACUGUAGUAUGCAUGCAACAAAACGGUGGCAGACGCUGAUUUAAUGUCAGUACGUGAUACAUGUACAAAUGUAAGUUAUUUAGUAAUAGAAAUAUUAUCGACCACCAAUAUUAGUUACUUUAGGAGAAACUUUGAUUACACGUACUUUUGACUAACUUCACUGAGAGUAACGUUAUUGAUAUUUCCAAGAUUUAUUUACGCCUGCGGCUUCCUAUCCAUUGUAUUUGCAGUCUGGAUGCUGAUAACCCUUCACAAACAUCACAUGUGACUCCUUUGACAUCCAUUUAUCAUCUAAUGUGAUCCUCUUCAGCCUCCUUGGAGCUGAAACCAUGUCCAGCCAGACUGCAGGUAAACACUCUCUACGUUUUGGCCAGGUGGUCAUUGGACCCCCAGGCUCAGGAAAAACCACCUACUGCCAAGGCAUGCAGGAGUUCCUUACUCACCUGGGACGCAAGGUGGUCGUGGUGAACAUGGACCCAGCUAAUGAAGGACUGCCAUACUCGUGUGGGGUUGAUAUCUCAGAGUUGGUCACUCUGGAUGAUGUCAUGGAGGGACUGAAGCUUGGCCCUAACGGAGGUCUCCUUUACUGUAUGGAGUAUGCUGAAGCAAACCUGGACUGGUUGGAGAACAAGCUGAAACAACACAGUGACUGUUACUUUUUGUUUGACUGUCCUGGGCAAGUAGAGCUUUACACACAUCAGAGUUCAGUGAAGAAUAUUUUCUCUAAGCUGGGAGAAUGGAAUUUCAGGCUGACAGCAGUGCACCUUGUGGACUCUCAUUACUGUGCUGACCCAGCUAAGUUCAUUUCUGUGCUGUGUACAUCGCUGUCCACCAUGCUUCAUGUGGAGCUUCCCCACGUCAACAUUCUCUCCAAGAUGGACUUGAUUGAGCAGUAUGGCAAACUGGCUUUCAACCUUGACUUUUACACAGAGGUCAUGGAUCUCACGUAUCUCCUCGAUCACCUGGCUGAAGACCCUUUCUUUAAGAAAUUCCACCAUCUCAAUGAAAAGUUGGCUGAGGUCAUUCAAGACUACAGCCUCGUGUCCUUUGUGCCUCUUAAUGUCCAGGACAAAGAGAGCAUGAUUCAGGUCCUGCGAGUGGUGGACAAAGCUAACGGCUACUGCUUUGGAGACCUGGAGGAAAGGAAUCUGCAGGCCAUGAUGUCAGCUGCUGUGGGGGCAGACUUCCAGUUUGACUCCACUCUUGGGGUGCAGGAGCGGUACCUAAAACCUGGGGGAAAGACUGUGGAGGAGGAAAUGAUGAACCUGUAAAUUGCAAAUAAAAGGACUAAAGUGGUUGCCCUUUUAGCACCAGCACACUAGCACACCAGGGGAGUCUUGGCAACAUCAUCUCAGUUGGCCUGAAUUCUGGGCCUCUCAACAAAAGCUGGUGGAGAGAUGGGAACUAAAUUUGGGUGUUGUAGAUGCUUCAAGGUUGUACCACACUUCAUGAAAAAAUCACAGUGAGGUGGACUGAAGGGAUAAGUGCUGUGCUUCUCCUCAGGUAACAAUGAAAGUGAUGCUUGUAUUUCUUUAUCUCUGAAGAAGAAAAUAAGAAAAUCUUUAAUAAAGAUUAACAUAUUUCUUUGUUCUA